AUGUUCAGCCCGGCGGUGGUCCUUAAUGGCCCCGUUGCUGACCCUGACCUCCGCGUGGGGGUCACUGACAGGGCCGAAAACAAACAGCUACAGGGUGCCCUGGAGCCCCGCCCUGGUACCAGAGUCCGGGUCCGACACGCGUCCCUCAGCAUUAAGGACAAGAUCUCUGAAUGGGAGGGGAAAAGGGACCCGGCCACCCCUGCCCUGGACAGGAGAACAGAGGGACAGAAGGCUGACCGAGCAUCCUGGGCACCUGAGAGGAGGAGAGGCAGCGAUGGCGUGAGGACGUGGGCCCCUGAGGCCAAGCUUGGUUCUCAGCCAGACACUGAGGAUGUGGAGAACCCCAGGAACCAAGGGCCAGGGAGGGCCGAAGGUCAGCAUUCCCAGAAGAACAGCCUGUCAGUGCUGACACAUGUCAGGAGGCUGGAACAGGCCUUGAAGGAUGGCUCUGCGGGGCUGGACCCCCAGCUCCCUGGUACCUGCUACUCCCCGCACUGCCUGCCUGACAAGACGGACGAGGGGCCCAGCCUCCCUGACAGCCGUGCGGGCAGCUGCGAACCAGGCCGCUGGCCCCUGGACAUGGGAACCCGGUCACCCACCCCUGAGUCCUCAAGACCCUGGGACCAGAGCCAGGAGAGUGUAUAUGGAGGUUGUGAGGGGUCCCCCCCAAGGCCUUUUGUGAACCCCCUGCCCAAGCCACGGAGAACGUUCAAACAUGAGGGAGAUGGGGCCAGGGUCAGGAGACCUGGCGUCAGUAUCCGGAGAGAGAAGAGAAGCCUGCCACCUCUGCCCUCCUGUCCACCCCCACCCCUGCCCUCUUCUCCACCCCCGCCCUCUGUAAACAGAAGGCUCUGGAACGGGAGGCAGCGGUCCAAUGCUGAUCACAGGAAGUCCUAUGAGUUUGAAGACUUGCUGCCAUCCGCAGAGGGCAGCAGGGAGGACUGGUACGCCCAGGCCAAGCUGGGGCUCGCUCGCACUUUAUCAGAGGAGAACGUCUACGAGGACAUUCUAGAUCCUCCAGUGAAGGAGAACCCGUAUGAGGACAUCGAGUUGCAUGGCCGCUGCCUGGGGAAGAAGUGUGUGCUGAACUUCCCUGCUUCCCCCGCCUCUCCCAUCCCCGACGCGCCCUCCAAGGAGUCGUCAUCUAAGCCUGUGCUUUCCCGGCACAGUUCUGAGAGGAGGAACUUCAAGCUGUUGGACACUCGGAAGCCGAGUCGGGACGGCACCGUGUCCCCAUCCCGGGUCAGCCCCCCCUCCACUCCUAGCAGCCCUGACGACACUGUCUUCAACCUUGGGGACCUGCAGAACGGCCGGAGGAAGAGGAAGAUCCCCAAGCUGGUGCUGCGGAUCAACGCCAUCUAUGAGGCCCGGAGAGGGAAGAAGCGGGUGAAGCGGCUGUCCCAGUCCACAGACAACAGCUCAGGCCGAGUGACAGAUGAGAACAGCGAGUCAGACAGCGACACUGAGGAGAAGCUGGAAGCCCACAGCCAGCGCCUGGUCCACGUCCAGGCACGUCUGAAACAGGCCCCACGGUGCCCCCCACUGGACCGGGGGCUGCAGGAAGUCCAGGAGCGGCAGCUCUUCGAGUACUUUGUGGUCGUGUCGCUGCACAGAAAGCAGGGGACCACCUACGUGCCUGAGCUCACCCAGCAGUUCCCUCUGAAGCUGGACAGGUCGUUCAAGUUCAUGCGGGAGGCCGAGGACCAACUGAAGGCCAUUCCUCACUUCUGCUUCCCUGAUGCCAAGGACUGGGUGCCCAUCCAACAGUUCACCAGUGAGACCUUCUCGUUUGUCCUCACGGGAGAAGAUGGGAGCAGGAGGUUCGGGUACUGCCGCAGGCUGCUGCCGAGUGGCAAAGGAAAGCGUCUGCCGGAAGUGUACUGCAUCGUGAGCCGCCUUCGCUGCUUCAGCCUCUUUUCAAAGAUCCUGGAUGAGGUGGAGAAGCGACGUGGCAUCUCUCCUGCCCUGGUCCAGCCCUUCAUGAGGAGCGUGAUGGAGGCGCCAUUCCCGGCCCUGGGCAAGACCAUCGUGGUCAGGAACUUCCUGCCUGGAUCAGGGAAUGAGGUGAUUGAGCUGUGUCGCCCCCUGGACUCCCGGCUUGAACAUGUGGACUUUGAGUCUCUCUUCGCUGCCCUCAGCAUCCGCCACCUGGUGUGUGUCUUCGCGUCGCUGCUUCUGGAAAGGAGGGUCAUCUUUGUUGCAGACAAGCUCAGCACCCUGUCCACGUGCUGCCACGCGGUGGUGGCGCUCACCUACCCCUUCACCUGGCAGCACACCUACGUCCCGGUGCUGCCGCCCUCCAUGAUCGACAUCGUGUGCUCGCCCACCCCCUUCCUCAUCGGGCUGCUCACCAGCGCUCUGCCGCUGCUCCAAGAGCUGCCGCUGGAGGAGGUCCUCGUGGUUGACCUCGACAACAACAGGUUCCUCAGGCAGAUGGACGACGAAGACUCGAUCCUGCCCCGCAAGCUGCAGGCGGCCCUGGAGCAGGUUCUGGAGCAGAGGACCGAGCUGGCCGGCGAGCCGGAGGAGGGGCCCCCAGACAGGCCUGGUCCUGAGUGCAGCCCCCUGAGCGUCGUGGUGUCCGAGGCCUUCGUGCGCUUCUUCGUGGAGAUCGUGGGCCACUACUCGCUGUUCCUGAUGCCCGGGGAGCGUGAGGAGCGGACGCUGCAGCGCGAGGCCUUCCGCAAGGCCGUGUCCUCCCGGAGCCUGCGCCGCUUCCUCGAGGUCUUCAUGGAGACCCAGACGUUCCGUGGCUUCAUGCAGGAGCGCGCACUGCGCCGGCAGGACACCAAGGGUCUCUUUGAGGUCCGAGCCCAGGAGUACUUGGAGACGCUCCCCAGCGGCGAGCAUUGCGGUGUCAAUCGGUUCCUGAAGGGACUGGGCAAUAAGAUGAAGUUUCUCCACAAGAAGUAG